AUGGCUUCACUCUUAAAUCGUAGUUUGGGCGAAAUUAAAAAAUCAAGAGAAGUUGGUUCACAUCCAAACCAAAAACCAAUCUUUGGCAAGAAUAGAAUCAACGAAACUAGCGAUAGUUGGAAGCAUGACCUUUUUGAUGCUCAACCUAUCAAGGAAUCAAUUGUGAUCGAUGAAGCUAGAUCUCCUGCACUUUUAAUCACUAACCUUCAUUAUGAUGUUAGCGAAGCAGAGCUAGAGGCUCUCUUCGGACAAAUUGGUAAAAUCGAUCGAGGACCAGUAAUCAAAUUCUCUAAUUUCUCGAAUCUCAAUGAGUCGCUUCACUUCUCUUGGUCUUUUGAUAUCCAUUCUUCUUUUACGGCAUACACCUCGCACCCCUUCGAUCUACAUUUCUUAUACGAUUCUGAAGUCUCCUCGAAUCUUUCAAGAGGGAUGAAAAGUGUAUCUCAUUCAACGAAUCGAAUUGUGUUAGGUCGCAUAUCUUGA